AUGAACUCUUCCUCUGUCGGGACAUCGUUUCCUCUGGGUAUUAAAUUACAUGAAGUUCCAUCAUCUACAGGAAGCUCAUCUGUGUUUCUACCAGCUCUGAUGAAGCAGAAGACUCGAGGAAUCUCCUUUUCGUGGAAUAAUAUCUCAUCAUCAUUAACAGUAAACGAUGAACUUCACGGGAACUGUUAUUCAGUUACAUCACUGAUUGAGCUAUUACGAGAGUCUGCAGAUAAAAGGUGUUUGGAGAAAACGAAAUCAGUUCAUAGUAUCAUUAAAAAGUUUCAAUUUUUGGAGAAUUCUUUGACGGUGAUGAUGAAUCAGAUGGUUAUUUCAUAUUCCAAAUGCUCCGACUUCGGUUCUGCUCGUCAGGUGUUCGACGAAAUUCCCCAGAAGAGUGUUUUCUCGUGGACUGUUUUAAUGGUCGGAGCCACGGAGAACGGAUUUUACCGUGAUGGUAUUGAUUACUUUGUUCAGAUGCUGCGAUGCCAUAUUUUCCCUGAUGAGUACGCUCUUUCUGCUGCAAUGCAGGCAUGUAUUGGUGUAGAUAGUGUUGAUCUGGGUGAAAUGGUUCAUGCUCAAGUUAUAAUCCGGGGAUUUUCGUCUCUUUCGUUUGUUAAUACAUCUUUGCUUAGCAUGUAUGCUAAGUUGGGGAGGAUUUGGGAUUCCUGUAAGGUGUUUAGUUCUAUGGAAAAUCGUAACGAAGUGUCAUGGAAUGCGAUGAUAUCAGGGUUUGUGUCAAACGGUCUUUACACGGAAGCAUACAAUAGUUUCUUGAGAAUGCUUGAGGAGGGAAUCAGACCGAAUGUAUCUUGUUUUAUUAGUGUCUCUAAAGCUAUUGGACAGUUGGAAGAUGCUGAGAAAGGUAGAUACAUAACUCGUAUUGCUGAAGAAAUGGGUGUACAGUCAAACAUACACGUUGGAACAGCUUUGAUUGAUAUGCUUGCAAAAUGUGGGUGUGUAACUGAAGCGCGGUCAAUUUUUGAGGCGAAUUUCUCUGGAUGCGGAGUGAAUUUACCGUGGAACGCUAUGAUAUCUGCUUAUACGAUUUCUAGGAACGGAGAAGAAGCAAUGUUGCUGUUCCUUAGAAUGUGUCAGAAUAAUGUCAAGCGAGAUGUAUACACAUACUGCAGUACUUUGAAUUCAAUUGCUGACAUGGGGUCUUUAGAAUAUGGAAAGCAAGUUCAGGGGAUGAUCUGGAAAACUGGCCAAGAAUCGAUCGAUGUGAGUCUCUGCAAUGCCCUAAUGGAUGCAUACGCCAAAUGUGGGGAACUUGAAGCAAUGAGGAAGCUUUUUGACACUAGGGAGGAAGCAAACCAAAUCUCAUGGACAACGCUUGUGACAGCUUAUUCUCAGUCUUCUGAAUGGGAGGAAGCACUAAGCGUUUUCUCUCAGAUGAGAGAAAUGGGGUUUCAACCAAACCAGAUCACAUUCUCCGGUGUACUUGCCUCAUGUGCUAGCCUCUGCUUUCUCGAGUAUGGGCAGCAAGUCCAUAGCUUAACGUACAAAACUGGCUUCGCUAGAGACAAAUGUGUCGAGAGUGUUCUUAUCGAUAUGUAUGCAAAAUGUGGUAGCGUAAGAGAAGCCAUCAAGGUUUUUGAAUCGCUGAAGAACCCUGAUGUCAUUUCAUGGACCGCCAUGAUAUCUGGAUAUGCCCAACACGGUAUGGCCAUGGAGGCCUUGGAAGUGUUUCGAAAAAUGGAGCUUGUCUUUCCAAAACCUAAUUCUGUUACAUUUCUAUGCCUUCUAUUUGCUUGCAGCCACGGUGGACUAGUUGAUGAAGGCUUGAGGUAUCUUCAUUUGAUGGAGGAAAAAUACGGAUUGGUCCCGGAACUUGAACAUUAUGCUUGUGUGGUUGAUAUCCUAGGCCGCGUGGGACGUCUAUCUGAAGCAUGGAAAUUUAUAAUGACGAUGCCAAUAGAAGCUGAUGUGAAACUCUGGUUGACAUUGCUUGGAGCAUGUAGGGUUCAUGGGAACAUUCAGUUGGCAGAGAUUGCUGCUCAAAAGGUUAUCUCUUACAACCCAAAAGAUUCAGCUGCUCUUGUUCUCUUGUCAAACACAUAUAGAGAAGCUGGGAAUAUUGAAGCUGAAUUAUAUGUGAGAAAUAUGAUGAACUCUCACGCAAUGAGAAAAGAACCUGGACUGAGUUGGUUUUCUGUUGGAGGUAAAAUCCACAAGUUUUGCUCCGGGGAUCAACACCACCCUCAGAAGGAUGAUAUAUACAAAACACUGAAUGACUUGAUGGAGAAAGUAAAGGCUAAAAAAGGUUGACUUUGUGCCUAUAACGUACACCACAAGAUUAAUUUCAUGAUACCUUGCUCAAAACCACCAGGGCCUCCUUCAAGAGCAAAACCAAAGAGAGAGACUCAUGGAGAUUUCAGGAAUAGAAAGACUCAUAUAUGUUGCUCCACAUACCGAGAAAGGCUAUCAAGAUACAACUUCAAGGACAAUAUACAUUCAAGGAACUGUGUUACUUUCAAGCCAUUCAGGGAUACUCAUGAAGAAGAUGUUCUACAAUUACUCCAAAAAGAUUGAAGAUUUUGAAACUUAUGUAUUUUUAAUAUAAAUUUAUU